AUGGCUCGACCGCUGCCAAGCCUAUACGGGGCGCUACAAAGUCUAUUCGCUUCCCAUGUGCAUGUUCGCAAUGCCGCCUCUGCGGUGGCGGGAGGAGGCAGUUUGACAGAGAGCGGCGGUGACUUUGUCGAAGUCGCGGUGACACCAGAAGAGCUGCCAUCGGAGGUGAAGGAGGCGCUCAGCCGAACGCUGGCGCUGGUAGCCGGUACCACCAGCGCUAGGGAUACGCGACGAAUCCUCCAAGACCACUAUGCAAAGUUUGCCAUCUUCGAGUCCAACGUGCUAUGGUGCCCGCACAGCAUCGGCAUCGCAACAUGGAUGGCGGCCGCACGCCUGCUCACUUUACCGUACGUGGAGUGCAUCCGGUGCCAUCGUAUCGUACUGCGGCGCGUCUCCUCCUCCUCCUCGGCCGCCGCCGCCGUCGUAGCGCUGCCCGGUGCAGCAGGCGCAGGUUCCGGAGCGCAGCCGUCCCAUCAAGGCGCGUCGGCUGGGCUGGAGACCGCGGCCCAGGGCGCCCCCACACCGGAGGUUCACAUGCAGAUGGAUGCCGCAUUCGCAUGGCGGCCGCUGGCACCCCUUCACCACUUGCUUCAGUCGUGGGGCAUCAAGGGCCUACAACUGCCCACCAUCACCACCGAGCACACCAUCACGCUCACCAUCAACACGCAAAGCAGAGUGGUGCAGCACCGAGAUAUCACGCACAACUUCCCAUCCGCACCCCUCCCGCUAAAGGGGGUGCUAGGACUGCCCACGCCGCUGAUCGCAACCGUGCUUCACGUUUAG